CUUUAAUCGCUUCCGUCUCAUCUAGUCAUCUCAUAACCCUCAAUAUUUGUUGAAGAAUCUCGUAUUUCUACAGGUUAUAGGAGAUUUACGGAUCUUGACCUUGACUAUGACUUUGGACUUCUCCCAAUAUGGCGGUCCCUCCGAGGAAUGGCUUGCGGUUGAGAAGACACUUCCUUCAUUGACAUUCAACACCAGCAUGGAUCCAAUCGCCCUCAGAUCUGCUGUCAAUACCGAACGAGAAACUCGAUCAGCUGCUGCGAUGGUCGAGUUGGCAGCACAAAUUGAAACUGUUGACUAUUCCAUCCCGACGCGGGAUGGCUCGUUGAUAGAAGCCAGAACCUACCGGUUUGUGAAGAUAAGCAAGUCUGAGAAGCUACCGGUGUAUAUUUACUUUCACGGGGGAGGCUUCAUCUUUGGAACCCUUAGUAGCGAGGAUUUCACAUGUACGCAGACGGCUAUUAACACUGGCGUCCUCGUGCUGAAUGUGAACUACCGCCAUACGCCCGAGCACACGUUUCCAACAGCAUGGUACGAUUCACAAGACGCUCUCGCCUGGCUGCACAAGAACAUCGACACCGUCGGCGGCGAUCCUUCGAAAGUUCUUGUUGGUGGUGUUUCCGCCGGUGGCCAGCUCGCAGCUUCUCUAACGCUCGAACAGCACCUUGGAAAGAGCGAAGUGCUAAAAGGCCUCCCAACUGUCGCUGGCCAGAUCUUAAUCAUCCCGUGUGUUGCCGAUCCAUUUACCUAUGACCAGGGACCAGGCAAAAAACUAAGAGUGUCGUCCUACGUCGAGAACGAGAAUGCGCCCAUACUGCCCAAAUCGACCAUCGAGUUCUUUACGACCUUGUUGAAAGUCGGCACGCCCGACUUCAAGGACACGAAAGUCAAUAUCGUCAAUGCUACAGAGGACGAAGCCAAGAGUCUACCGCCAACAGUGUUCGGAAUUGCUGGAUUAGACCCGUUACGAGACGAGGCGCUGCUGUAUGCAAAGUUGCUGUCAGAGGCGAAUGUACCGACUGAGAUUCGAUUAUUCAAGGGUGUGCCGCAUGGGCAUCGAAGGUUCGGCAAGGCUCUGAAGGCGUCUGAGCAUUGGGAUCAGUGUGUGGAUGAAGGGAUACUAUGGGUAUUAUCGAAGCCAACAGCUACCGGAGAAUUCCUUGUCAAGUUACCUUGAGCACGACAGACUCAGGGCAAAAGUUGGGCAAAACUUCCAGACAUACACUACAUUAUUCUUAGCUGUUGCGUAUAUGCAAUAAUCGUAAUGCUUCUCAUAAUAUUCGUCAAGAAGGGGGCUAUGGCAAAUUAUUGAUCUGCCUUCUUAAGAAUAUGUCUUUCGUUAAGGUCCUGACUGGUCUCUAAUGACUGUGUCUAUCAUAUAACCGAUC